AUGUUUUCCCACAGCGUAACAGUAUCUAGCCAAGUCGAAGGUGGCACACAACGCGGGCGCUUAUUCCUUAUAGACCUGGCCGGGUCUGAACGCGCGGGGUUACGUGCGCGCCGAUUGGAAGGGGCACACAUCAACCGCUCCUUGCUUGCCCUUGGGAACUGCAUCAUGGCUUUGUCAGGAGGCGCUAGAUACGUGAACUACCGGGAUUCGAAACUUACCCGUCUGCUGCGCGAGGUGCUGGGCGGACGGUGCCGCACGGCCAUGGUGGCACACGUGGCGCCCGGCCACUCACAUCGCGACACCACACGGUCGACGUUGCAUUAUGCGCAGAAGGCCAACUCCAUCACGAACAGGGUUGAACGAGAGCUGGUGAAGACUCCGAUGCACUUGUCUCAAUACCGAACAGUCAUCAGCGACCUUCGUGAGGAGAUCGCGCGGUUGAAGCACAAGAUGAAGGAUGAUAAAUCCAGAACAAAAGAAGAUCUCCAAUUAGACACAGAAACAAACAAAGAAGUAUCACCAGAAGACGCGGCCCAUCUCAAAUCUCUCAGAGAAGCAAUUGUUUCCACAUUCAAGCAACAAAUGCGUCUUCGGCGACGACUCAUGGAGCUCGAUAGCCACCUUUUGGGAUUGGCUUUGGAUGCUGAGAGACAGCAUGCGACGAUUUCUCACUGGGAGGCAAGAUUUAAUCGUCUCUACAAGCCUAUUAGUUUGUCUGGAUCUAGGCUUAGCACGCAACAGAGUUAUAGGGGCGGGACGGGGCAAUCGGGCGCGAGCGGCAGCAGCGAGCGCGCCGAGGCCGAGGUGGCCGUGGAGCAGGCCUGGGCCGAGCUGGCGGCCGUCGAGCGCGAGCAGGAGUCGGCCCGCGCCGAGAGGGACCGCGUCGAGCGGCAGCUCGAGCAGGUGCGCCUGCGCGGCGCGCAGCUCGAGCAGGAGCUGCCAGCGCGAAUAAACAGCGGCCCAGAGCGUGAAGUCCUAGCUUUAGUAUGCCGCGUCCAUGAACUAGAGGCAGACAAGCUGGCGCUGCAGGGCGAGAGAGCUGCGCGGGCGCACGAGCUACGACGCCGGGACCUCGCAUUGCAGCGUCGCGACGCGCAGAGGCGGCUGUCGGAUGAGAUUAUCACUAGACAACGUCGCGCUUUCGAAGAGAUGGGCAUCGAUGUUACACCGGAGCUGGCUCAAUUGUACGAGCUGUAUCAACAGGAGAUCCAUGCGUCUACUUACACGGAAAGCAAUGAUAUACACACUCCUUAUCGCUUGCCACCUAUAACCUCUAGGUAA